AUGCAUCGUGGAGUUGUUUUAUAUAUUCUGAUUUCAUCUAUAAAGUUUAUCAGUGGAACAUUUCAAUGCACAAAUGAUGGUAUGUUUGCAAAUCCCGAUGACCAUCACGCAUUUUGGCAUUGUGCGCAUGGUGCUGGUUAUCUAAAACAUUGUCCAGCCAGCUUAAUUUGGUCACAGGUACAACAAAACUGCAUUUGGAAUGUGCCGGAACCAACAAUUACAGUAACAACAACAUUAUUAACGACUACAGAAACAUCAACAACAAUGCCAAUGUCAAGUUUUCUUCCGCCUCAAUGUUCGAAUUACACAUCAAUAACGGAUGGCACUCGUCGCACAAAUAAUAUAAAUCUUGGAGCUCAGAGUGAUAAUUCAUAUUUUAGCAAGACGCCCACAUGGGUACGGUUUGAGGGUGCUGCAGGCACUCGUCUUGCCAAUUAUUCAGUUCCUUCUCCUCGUUGUGGAUCAGAAGGAGCUGGAUGGCUUAAGCAUCCUACUGAGCCAACAGAACCGAUUCAACCUGUAUUCAAUAUUUCAUCUGAUUCAAUAUCUUGUGAACGAAUUGUUUUUCAAUUGAUUCCGACAUGGUAA